UCGAUCAAUUUAUUUUUUUACUCUUGCUUUUGCCUCGCUAAGGAGGAAGGAACUAGCCCUCGCCUGUUUCAAUUUUUUAUUUCGGGUACCAUACAAAGACAUCGGUUGAGCACUUGAGCGGAGACGCCGGAGACAGUGAUUCCCCUUCCCUCUUCUUCCACCCAAAUCUGCGCGCGUUGGAGGUGUUUGUUUUGUUUUGAUUUUUUAUCAGCAGCGCGAACUGAUGAACUGACAAAAAAUUACCGGCGAAAUAAUUUGAAAAAGCGUGGUAGAUUUUUCCAUUUUCUUUAAUGUUGUACAGUUCAAAACUUUGACGAAUAUUAAGAAAAUUGAGCAUUGUUACAAGUGAAAGAGUCUUGAAGAUAGUAUACUUGGAUGUUGCACGCUUGCAACCAUGUUUCAAGUUUUUAUUUUCAGUGUACAACCACGUGUGGGUUAUGUACAUAUGUUUAAAAAUAUAUAAUCAGUAUAAACGUUGACUAUCGUAAACUUCUCUACAAUUUUCAUAUUUUUUUCAUUUAAAGUAAUAACCGUUUCAAUCAGAAUGUCAGUGACUACGAAACCGAAUGUUCUGGACAUUCUUCAUACUAAUCAAGAGUAUAUGAAAAAAUCGAGAUCGUUUCUCAUAUGGUUGCCCGUGAAUAUUGUUUUAUUGGCGGUGAUACUUUGUGACUUAUGGAAAAACCAACGACCCUACAAAUGGAUUGGUAUUUUUGAACAUUUGAUGGCAGUCAUUUUAUCCCUGAAUAUCCUUUAUUUGAGCAUCCAACGAUUUCUUAUUCAAUAUUUUCCGAAGAAAUAUCAUGUUUCACUUCAGCAAUUCAGUUUACUGCAACAGAUCAGUGGAAUUCUCCAAGGAAAUUACAACGUCAACGUGUUACUGGAAGAAAACCCACCAACUACUGAUGUGAAGAAAGAAAAAUUUCGAUUUGAAAAUUUUCAAGCGUCCUCUUCGCCAUUAUUUGCGAAUUCGAAUACGUCUCCCAAGUCUGAAUCGUUGAAUGAUAGUAUGAAAGAAAAGUUCCCUGUCAAACGAUACCAUGCAUCUCCUUCCUCAUUGUUUGCUAACGCUCCGGUUGUGUGUGAUGCUCACGAAACAUCUUUAAUCAAUUCUUAUGGCAAUUCCGGAUCUAUGAAUGUCAAUUCUUCAGUGUUCAGUUCCAAUUUAUCGAACAGUUUGUCGAGUCCCUCGAGACAUGCUCAUUUUCAAGAAGUAUUUUCUGACGAAGUUGAUGUUGCGAGAAGAUACGUCCAAAGUCCGGAUUUUAAGCAUACUUUAAACUUGAAUGACAGUGGCGAGUACUGGAGAAGAAGUGAUGGUUCUUUUUUUCGAAGUCAUCAUAGCCGACGGUCUUCUGAGUUGGUACUAAAUGAUGUUUAUCAGUUAUCUUCUACUACAACUUUGGAGUUUGUGAAACCAGUGAACGAAGUAUCAUCGCUCGGAGCAAAUCCCGCCGUUUGUAAGAAGUUCGGUAUUAAUCAAAGUUUUCUCCCAGAAUGGAUAGCGAAUCUACGCAUGUGGAUUACUCAAACAAUAUUGACGAGAAUAAUUAAAGAAAUUGAAGAAGUGAAUCAAGCCCUAACGUGUCAAGGAAUCACUAACGUUAGUAUUGGAAGUACUGGCUUGGAGAGACUCAAAAAGACUGCAGCAAUGUCACAAGUGUAUCAAAAUAUUCCUUCCUUAUCGAGUCUAAUAUCGUUUCUAGAUAUUUCUUUGAAUCAAGAAUACGUUGUCCAGAGAAUUUCAGCUUUGUCCACCGGAAGUAUGAGUAAUUAUUGUUGGAAUGCUGGAGGUUCAUAUGAAGGAAAACCAUGGAAUGAAAGUUUGCCUACGGAUGCUGCGCUUGUUAUGCAUUUAGUGGCGGCUUAUUUUGAUUCGCAGCUGUUACCUUUACCCCAUACAGCACCUGACGGUCGGCAGUUUUCUUCUGCCCAUUACGUAAAAACGCCGACAGAAUUGAAAAAAAAUAAAAAAUCUGUUAUUAUUUGUCAACAGUCUAAUAAUCCGCCUCAUUUUCAACUUAUUAUUGGGGAAGACACUUACGACAUUUCUCGGGGAAGAAAUAAUUUGUUUCAUGUGAUACUUUUCUUUUUGCACCACAUAAAAACAAAAGAAAGCUGUAUGUUCGAACAUGUGAAUCUGGGUAGUUCAGGAAUAAAUAUGUUGUGGGUAAUUAGCGAUCCAUCAUAUAAUUUAUACAAAAAAAGCUUAUAAUAUGGAAUCGUGAUGAUGUUAAUGUACAUAUACAUAUAUCUAGUAGUUUUAUUUAAUUUUUUUUGUGGAUUACAUAUUUAGUAAGAUUUUUAAUUGAUUUUAUUUUCCAUGAUAAUUUUGAUACGUGUUCUGAGAAGAUGUAAAAUAAUAAAUUUUUUGUUCGAUUUCUAGAACAUUAA